AUGCCGUCUUCCGGCGACGCUCUCGAAACACUCACCACCGUUGUGUCGGAUGCGCUCACCCUCAUCGGCCAACUUGAAGUAGUUGUUUCGGGUCUCAGCUCCCAGGAAAUCAGUACCACAGCCUCCCCAGGAGUUCAGCAGUCGCCAGAAGGUGGUUCCCUCGAUGCACUUUCAUUGGCACACGAUUCGGCUACCCUCAUCAGAGCACACGCCACAAAGAUCUCUCUUCUUAUUAUCAAUGAGCCCUUCACGCCAACAGCCAUCACCAAAGUUGUACGAGAGCUUAUAGCUGGUCCCCUUCCUGGUUUGGCAGCUUCUGCCCAAGAAUGCACAGCCAGACGGUAUACACGGGCAAUUCAGAAGGAUCUGGCUUGGAAGGUGGCCCGCGUGCUCAAGGAGCUCCGUGACCUGCUAUCCCAGAUUCCCAAGGACGGGAAAAUCCUGAAAGAUGGCAAAAAGAAUGCAGCGGCUGGUGCAGCCGGCGGCAAGGGCAGCAUUGCCGCUACUGGUCUGUUAUGGGCUGCGUGCGACGACCUGAUGGCAUUUUGCAAGCGGGGAUUCGGCGGCAACUUGGUCUACAAGGUCGACCAGUUACGUGAGACGCUAAAGGAUGUUAUGGAGGAGUUGAAAGAGUGGGGCGAGGAAACAGGAGAUGACGGGGAUGAAGAUGAUGACGACGAGGGCGACGAUGGUGUUGCAGGGAUCACCAACAACCUUGGGUCUGCUUCCCUCUCUGCGAAUGCAAGCACCCAGGCCAUGUUGGACGACCUGAUGAACUCUCAAAGUUACAUCCCACGAGACGACCCACACAAAAUCAGAGAUCGUUUGGAAUCAUGUCUCAGGCGACUACGCCUGACCUCUUUACUUUACCAAGCUGCCGCUAAGCGCAGGCUCAAGCCAUUGCCGCACACCCCUCCAACAUCAGACUCCAAUGUCCCUGCUCGCCUUGAUGAAGUCUUGGCGCUUUUGAAGGGAAUCCCAGAAAGAUUUGGGAACCUUGCGAUGGCUUUCUAUGACCUUGAUCCUGACGAGAUUGACCGUCUAAUGGACCAAUGCUUCUUUGAUGCAUUUGCUGCCUCGGAGCUGCUCGUCAAACCAUGGGAUGGCCAAAAGGAUGAAUUCACCGACUGGGCCCUUAAAUUUCAGGUAGAGAUAAAAAAAAGCUAG